AUGUCCAACGCUCCUCUGCUCCCCUCGUUUCGUCGACAGCUGCUGGUGCUGGACUUCUCUGCACUGAGAGACAGCUGUCCGGCGGGUAUCUAUCUGUCCCUUACUCCAGGUAAACCAUGGCUCUGGGCAGGGGUGCUGUUUGUCCAUAAAGGGCCUUACGCCGGAGCUGUGCUUCGCUUUCAAAUCACGUUUCCGGACACGUACCCUGAUCUCCCUCCACUUGUAACUCUUUCGAGCGAUAUAUUUCAUCCGUUGGUGGUGCCUUUGACGACGUACACCUUCAGUGCUAGUACCGGCGAUGCAUCCUCGACCUUGAGCGCUUUGGAUACGGACCGCCUUCCCCCAGGGGCAUUCAGUCUGCGGCAUGGAUUUCCAGCGUGGUUUCGAUGGACCGACACAAACGUCAAAGCGAAUGAGGGUCUUGACCUGACAGAGCAGGAUCAUGAUGCUACACCGCCGGGCGGCCGGUCCGCUGCAGGCAUGAAAAGUACUUUUACAAAUGCAACAUCCCAGCACUUGGGUAAAGACCGAAAACAUCUCAUUUUGGACGUGUUGCAUCACUUCCAGGAUGCGUUUCAGGAUGAAAAGUUUCUGGACACAAUACCGCUCGAUGCGGCUGGUGACCCAAGCGCAUGGCAUGCCUGGCGCGCACAUCGAGGGCUUGCGAACAAUGAUGCCCGGCCCAAUAUCUCUGACGUGGAAACUGGUGCUGGUGCAAGUCCUUCCCCAAAGCAUCCCGGGGAUUGGAAAUGGGAUGGUGUAUGGGAAUCACGGGUGCACAACGGCAUCCAAGCAAGUGUGAGUGAGGGCGCCCUGUUUGGAGGCGGCGGAGCUGCGAAUGUUAGUGCCGACAUGAGAAACCUCGAUCCGCACCAGAAGAUGCUGCUGGCCGCGGACCGGCAGAUCCGCUUCUCUAAGCUGGACGAAGAACAUCUCGAAGCCGUCAGAGCUGCUAUAAAGAUAUAUGAUACACCGAACCGACCCUGA